AUGAAGUACCCUCUGGUGCCGCUGGUGAACGACCUCACACUCUCUUUCCUGGUUUUUUGGCUCUGCCUGCCCGUGGCUUUGCUGCUGUUCUUGAUGAUCGUCUGGUUACACUUCUUACUUAGUCAAGAGUCAAAGGAAGAUGAUUCAGAUUUAUGCUUCAACUGGGAGCCCUGGAGCAAAGGACCAUCCGAGUCUGGCUGUGAUGGGACAUGUCUUGGCCAAGAGGACAGGCUCCACUGGUGAGCCUGCUCUACCAGGUGUCUCUGGCCUAAGUGGACGGAGGGAAGAGGACACUGGUGACUGACGGGCCUUCCCUGGGACCUCCAGUUUGUCAGACCUGCCAAGCCUCUUGCCAAACCAUCCAUUCUCCAUCAUCACAAAUGACCUGGAGCCUGGAAGAGCCAGGCCCAAGCAGCUUAUGGGGGCCAGCUGGCCAGCUCCACUCACAGGAGGUGUUGGAUACCUAUUAAAGAAAUGGGGGUACUCUUGUGCCCCAACAGA